AUGGAUGUCGCUACUCUCAGGGACCGUAUAAAGUCGACCCUAGACAGCAAUGGGGAUACCAGGAGACAGGCUGAGUUGGACUUGAAAUAUGUGGGUGCUGGCUGCUGGGGCGUGUUGUUUGCUGAAUUGACAGCUAACCUGAUCACUCGAGGAUGGGCGCCGGAGGAAGAACACUCGAUAUACAAGUCGAUACCUGAGGACGAGAGACCAUCGUUGCGCAACCGACUUAUUCCCGUUCUCGCUUCGUCGCCUCCUAAUAUCCGGGUUCAGUUGAUCCCCAUUCUCUCCAAAAUUCUACAAUUCGAUUUCCCUGAAAAAUGGCCGGAUUAUAUCGAUAUAAUGCUUCAGCUGUUGAAUGGAAAUGAUGCCAACUCUGUUUUUGCUGGUCUGCAGUGUCUCCUGGCGAUAUGUAGGGUUUAUCGAUUCAAGGGCGGUGAGAUGCGAGGCGAUUUUGAUAAGAUUGUUGAAAUCUCGUUUCCUCAGUUGUUGAAUAUUGGAACUCGUCUCAUUGAUGAGGAGAGUGUUGAGGCCGGAGAGAUGCUAAGAACUGUCAUCAAGGCCUUCAAAAAUGCUAUAUAUUUUGAACUUCCCAUCGCCCUUACUACUCAGCAGGCAACGGUCGGUUGGUGUACCUUGUUCUUAAGAGUAAUAGGAAAGGUGCCCCCAGCAAAUUCUAUGCAAGACGAUACAGAUGAACGAGAACAGUCCCACUGGUGGAAGUGCAAAAAGUGGUCAUACGCCAAUCUGAACCGCCUGUUCAUUCGCUAUGGUAAUCCUUCUGCAAUUUCAAAAUCAAGUGGCCCCGAGUACAUUGAAUUUGCAAAGACCUUUAUCACCACUUUUGCUCCCGAAAUUUUGAAUGGAUAUCUUCAGGAAAUAGACAAAUGGGUCUCCAAGGGCCAAUGGUUGAGCAGACCCUCUCUGUCCUAUACCCUUAUCUACCUCCAGGAAUGUAUCAAGCCAAAGGUUACCUGGGAGAUCCUCAAGCCUCAUAUGGAUAACCUCCUAGCUCAUUUCAUCUUCCCUAUCUUAUGCUUAUCAGACGAGGAUAUCGAAAUGUUUGAGACUGAUCCAUCAGAGUAUUUGCAUCGAAAGCUGAACGUCUACGAGGAGGCCACUGUUCCAGGAGUCGCCGCUACAAACUUCCUGGUAUCCUUGACAAAGACAAGGAAGAAGCAAACGUUUUCCAUCCUUACCUUCGUGAAUGGAAUCGUCAGCAAGUAUGAAGCUGCGCCCGAUGGGCAGAAGCUCCCAAGAGAAAAGGAGGGUGCUCUUCGGAUGAUCGGAACCCUUUCCUCUGUUAUACUGGGGAAAAAGAGCCCCAUCGCAGAUCAAGUGGAGUACUUCUUUGUCCGCCACGUUUUUCCCGAAUUCCGUAGUCCACACGGAUAUCUGCGAGCACGAGCCUGUGAUGUCUUGGAGAAGUUCGAGCAGCUGGACUUCAAGGAUCCUAACAACCUCAUGACAAUUUACCGUAACAUCCUCGACUGUCUUGCUGAUCCUGACCUGCCUGUAAGAGUGGAGGCCGCCCUUUCUCUUCAACCAUUGAUCCGUCAUAGCAUCAUCCGCUCUUCGAUGCGAACAAAUAUUCCUCAAAUUAUGCAACAACUCCUGAAACUCGCAAAUGAAGUCGAUGUCGAUGCUCUUACAAAUGUCAUGGAAGACUUUGUGGAGGUCUUUUCCGCCGAACUUACGCCUUUCGCCGUCGCUUUGUGCGAGCAGCUUAGGGACACCUAUAUGCGUAUUGUCCAGGGUCUCCUUGAGAGAAAGUCAAGUAAGCCUGAGGACGAUAUGUACGGUGAUCUGCUGGAUGACAAGAGUAUUACGGCAAUCGGUGUGUUGCAGACUAUUGGUACUUUGAUACUCACCCUUGAGAGCACUCCGGAUGUUCUUUUGCACCUUGAAAGUGUUCUCAUGCCUGUGAUUACAAUCACAUUGGAGAACAAGCUCUUUGCAGAUCUUUACAAUGAGAUCUUUGAGAUCAUUGACUCCUGCACGUUUACUGCCAAGUCCAUCUCUCCCAGUAUGUGGCAGGCAUUUGUGCUUAUACACAAGACUUUCAAGGCUGGUGCGGAGCUUUACCUCGAAGAUAUGCUACCUGCCCUGGACAACUUCGUGACCUAUGGUGCCGCCACCUUGGCUCAGAACCCAGAAUAUCUCGCAGCCGUCGUUAGUAUGGUAGAAGAUAUCUUCCGAGAUGAAAAGAGUGGUGGUGUAGAUAGAAUUUGCGGCUGUAAGCUUGCAGAGGCUAUCAUGCUAAAUCUCCGCGGUCACGCAGACCAAUAUAUUCCUGUCUUCAUCAGCCUGGCCAUGCAGGUCUUGAGCAAUGAAGAAACCCAAACCAAGUCAUAUCUGAUUCACCUUAUGGAGAUGGUCAUCAAUGCCAUCUACUAUAACCCCGGCCUCUCACUCCAGGUUCUAGAAGGCGGCCAGUGGACGAACAAGUUUUUCAGCACCUGGUUCUCCAACAUUGACAACUUCAAGCGUGUUCAUGACAAGAAACUGUCAAUUGUGGCCAUUUCUGCACUUUUGACUCUUAGAGCCGAAGAUGUUCCAGCUAGCAUCCAGCCAGGAUGGCCACGUCUUCUCCAGGGUGUUACUCGUCUCUUCCAGACUUUGCCAAAUGCAAUUAAAUUGCGAGACGAAGCAGCCAAAGAUGCAGAUCUCCCAUAUGAAGAUGAUGAUGGAGACAAUGAUUGGAGUGGUCGGGAUGUGGAAUGGUCUGAACAGGAUGCAUCUGAAGGUCCGGAAGUUGACGUGACUGAUGAAAGCUCUGCCUACAUUGAAUUCCUGCACCAAGAGGGUAUGUAUUUCAACAUGUGCUUGAAUACUAACAAUCCUCUGCAGGCCCUGAAAAUCGGUCAAGUUCCUGACGAUGAGGAGGAAGACGAUCUAUAUGAAGCUAGCUUGCUGGAGUCACCGUUUGACAAGGUUGAACCAUACGGCCUAUUCAAGGAUGUGUUAAUGAACCUUCAACAAGAACAACCACACUUAUACGAGAACUUAACCAAAAUUUUGAACCCCGAGGAACAGCAAAUAAUCCAAGGUGUGAUCAACGAAGCUACCAAAAUAGCAAUGACAGCCGAGAAAGCAGAUAAGGCAAACGGUGGUUCUUAA